GUUGGAGUAGGUUAAUACUUCUAUUAGAAUAAAGAAAGUUAAUUGAGUCUUACUCUUCCACAUACAAACAUAACAAAGUGGACGGUACUAAAGUUAAACCAUUACAAUAAUCAUUUCUUUCAUCUCCCUAAUAUCGCCUUGAUUACCCAAAAAAAGACCCAUUUUCACAUGACGCCUACAAACUUCAUUAAAAAUGAUACCCAAUAACCCAAACACCCAUCUUCCUCUCACAAUCAUUACCUUCAUCUUCUUAUUACGACUGCCCUCAUCAAAUUCCAAUGACUCAAAAUACACAGCAUGCUCAACCAACUUAUAUUCAUGCGGUCGGGUCCGAAACAUCGGAUACCCAUUUUGGGGUGGAAAUAGACCCGUAUACUGCGGGAUCUCAGACUUCAAACUAAAUUGUAUGCACGGUGAUGAGUAUCCAAGUAUGAUCGUUUACAAAAACGGAUACUUAGGAUUAAGUGUAGUAAACAUCAAUACAUCAUCUCAUACCAUUCUGGUAUCAAGAAAAAAGUUGUUGGAAACCUGUUAUGUACAAGAUACAAGCAAAAUCAAUUUACUUGCGAAAGUAAAACCAGAUAGUAAUUAUAAAACAAUUACAUUAUUUUAUGGUUGUAAUAAUACAUGUGUUUUGGAAUAUGAAUUUAAGAAUUUUAGCUGCUCAAAUUCGGAUGAUCAUACAACUGGGUAUGUUUAUUAUUUUGAGAAUUUAGGGGAUGGUAGAAGAAUAGGGGAGAUUUGUGGGUGCAGUAAUAGUAUUGUGGUUCCGGUGGAUAAGAGGGGGUUUGAGGAGCUUAAAAAUGUGAAUGUGUCGUUGUGGAGUGUACUGACAAAUUGGCCGGUGGAGUUGAAGUAUUUGUUGAAUUUUACGGGUUGUUCUGAGUGUGAGGAGUCUGGUGGAAGUUGUGGAUCUUCUGUUGAUGAUCCGUUGUCGAGUCCGUUUAUGUGCUAUUGCCCAGAUGGCCCGAUGCCUUUCGUGUGUUUACAAUCAGAUGGUCGAAGAAAAUCUUUCAUCCUUGGAUUAGUUGUGGCUGCUUUAGUGCUGGGAACAAUGAUUUUAGUUGGUGUUGGCAUCCUUGUAAAUAGAAGACGUACAACCAACAAUUUUUCAUUCAUAUGUAGUAAAAGAACAGAAGGGGAACAAAAUAUAACAGAGUUUCUUAAGAACUAUGGAUCCCUUACACCAAAAAGAUACACUUAUGCGGAUAUAAGAAAAAUGACGAAUUCCUUCAAAGAUAAACUCGGGGAAGGAGGUUAUGGUAGUGUUUACAAAGGCAAACUAUUCGAUGGUCGUUUCGUUGCAGUGAAGAAAUUAAAAAUCCUCAAGGGUGAUGGCAAAGAAUUCAUCAAUGAAGUAUUAAGUAUAAGCAAAACUAGCCAUGUAAAUAUUGUGACUCUAUUAGGGUUUUGUUUUGAAGGAGAUAAACAAGCUCUUGUUUUCGAGUUUUUACCUAAUGGAUCGCUUGAGAAGUUUAUAUUCGGUAAAGAUGAGAGGCAAUCACUUGAAUGGGAAACUAUGUUCGACAUUGCAGUUGGUAUUGCACGAGGAUUGGACUACCUACAUAGAGGUUGUACAACGAAAAUAUUGCACUUUGACAUAAAGCCGCACAAUAUACUUCUUGAUGAAGAGUUUCGUCCAAAGAUAUCCGACUUCGGUCUUGCUAGAUUAUGUCCUCCGAAGAAUAGUAUGGUGUCAAUGUCGGAAGCAAGAGGAACAAUUGGGUAUAUUGCUCCAGAAGUGUUUAGUAGAAGUUUUGGAAACAUUUCGCACAAGUCAGAUGUUUAUAGUUACGGAAUGAUGCUCUUAGACUUGGCAUGCGGUAAGAAAAGAAAAAUCUUUGAUGCUCAAAGUAAUAGUGAAGUGUAUUUUCCUGAAUGGGUAUAUAAUCAACUUGAGCCUAUAGAUGAAAUUGCAACACAUGGGAUUAUUGAAGAUUCUAAAAAAGAAUUAGAGAGAAAGAUGAUUUUAGUGAGCUUAUGGUGCAUACAAACGUACCCUUCGAAGCGACCACCUAUGAACAAAGUCGUAGAAAUGUUAGAAGGUUCGAUUGAGUCGAUACAAAUGCCCCCAAAGCCACACAUAGCUUCACCUACCCGAUCAGUGUUUGAUACCUCACCUUUGAACACCUUGUAAGAUAAUCAAGCUUUUUGUUUUGAUCGUUUUUGUCAAACUUAAGGCCAUUUUUGGUCCAUCAUAUGAAUUUUGAGAACCAUGUUAAUUAUGUUGUUGAACUAGCGACUUAAAAGUUCAUAUGUAAAUUAUUAUUGGUAUUAAUCAUGAACAUAUGAUCUUGCCAAGCACACUACACCCCCUUGUUAACUAAAACUAGUGAAUAUUUUGUUUUGG